AUGAAGCUUUCUUCGCCAGGUCGUCUACCUCCUCGUUUCCUCGGAUGGCUAUUGUCAGACAACACAAACAGCUGUAUUGCCAUACUGCUUUUUGUAAGAUUCUUCCUUUCUAUCUCUUCUCCCAACCACAGACACUGCAAUGCAGACAUUGCUCCCAGACACAGUGUUCUUAAAGACCAUGAAAAGGCAAAGAAACAUAAAAGGUUUCCGCAAUGAACACUUCGGCCCUUCUCAGUGUAGUCAGAACACCCCGUGCGGAAAAGAAAACUGUCCCAACUGAGCAAAAAGCAGCGGAAAUUGAAUUGGCUGUUUUUGUGGCUUGCCACUCAUCUAUUAGUAUUAGAGCAGUGGACCAUUUGGGAGAAUGGAUACGUCAACGUGGAGCCGGCAGCACACUUGGCAAUUUGCAAUUACAUCGAACCAAAUGUGCGUCGAUCAUUAGGAAUGUUCUUUCACCUGCAUUGAAGGAUGAACUGAAGAAGGCAGCUGGUGGGAAAAAAUUCACCCUAAUUGUGGACGAGUCAACAGAUGUAGGAUGCCUGAAACUGUUGUGCCUCAUUAUUAGGUAUGUGGACAGCGAGAAAGGAGUUGUGGACGCUUUUCUGGGCCUAGUACCGGUACUGGAAACUAAUGCUGAGACACUUUUCCAUCCCAUGAAGAAUGAGUUGGAGACCUUUGGUUUGAGUUUGAAGGACUGCGUAGGCUUUGCGAGCGACGGUGCAUCCGUCAUGGUAGGGGUUAAGAACAGUGUGUGGACAAGGAUCAAGAAUGUUUCCCCCAACUGCAUACAGAUGAAAUGCAUUUGCCACUCACUGGCCUUGUGCAUGCAACAUGCUUUUGCGAAACUACCAUCUAAUCUUGUUUUUUUGCUCACAGAGGUGCCAUCUUGGUUUUCCCACAGUUGCCUUCGGCGGGAUGCUUUUCAACGAAUCUUUGACACCCUGAAUGCUAAUAGUGAAUCAGAGAGUGGCGUAUCCCACCCAACACCUUUCAUGAGAGCAUCAGCAACCAGGUGGUUAGUGAGAGGAAAGGUAUUGUAUAACAUUCUUGUGAACUGGGAGGAGCUGGUAUGCUACUUCAACAUUGCUGAGCUGGAGAGUCCAAGUGACAGGAAGUACAAGGCUCGGUUGAUAAAAGAUAUGCUGAACGACAGAAUGAACUUCCUGCUCUUUCACUUUGCUACCCCUGUAGUGCAGGAAUUUGAAUGCAUCAACGCAAAGUUUCAAUCGAGCAAUGCAGAUCCCCGUGAGUUGUCCAAGGGGCUCAUUACAUUCCACAAGAGCUUGCGCUCCAGACUGUACAAUCCUCUAGGAGAGAAAAAAGAUAUUGCAAGUUGUGACUUUGGGUACAAGUUUAUAUCCGAGUGUGAAAAGUACUUGACGAAGUUUCUGAAGACAUGAAAGAAGCAGAAGUCAAAAGAGUUGCAGCGACGAAGGAAAUAUGUCAUAUGAUGCUUGUGGAAGCUGUGCGUCAAGUUGAAGAGCGCCUGCCUCGCCUUGAGAACGUGUUUGCUGGACUAAGCCUUCUGAAAGUCUUGAACCAACUGGACAGGGCCCGGUUUGAGGAUUUGCCUUUCCCUUAUCUCUUCGGGGGGAAAGUGAGCACAAUAGAAGAGCAAUACAGAAGAAUUGUUCUAGUCGAUUGGUCAUCUGAGCCUGUCUUCAAGGAGUCAUCAGUUCCCAAGGAGACACUUCAAUUUUGGGAAGGCAUCAGGAAAACUCCAAUGAAAGAGCUUGCAGAAUAUGCCCUCACCUGCCUUCUCCCUCCUGCAAGCAACGCUGGAGUCGAAAGAAUGUUCUCUCUUGUUACCUCUACAAAAACAAAACCAAGAAACAAACUGGGUGUGGCUUCCCUAGAUGCUAUCAUCCGUAUAAAAUCGCAUGUCUUCAACCAGGGAAAGUGCUGCAACGAUUUCACCGUGACCAGGCAGAUGUUGGAGCUGUGUACCAGUGAUAUUCUAUAUAUGCAGCUAACAGUAACACUGUGUGCCUGGGUGAAAGCAGUGAAGCUGAGACUUCUGCAACCAAUGAUGCAGAUCUCGAGCAGUUUUUGUAAGAA